GUCCUGUCCCUACGUAAUGCUUCGGCCGGGGAGCUGCGCUCUGGUCCGCUCAUUUUCCACUGACGGAAGUGCCUGGUGCUUUAUGAUUGUGUAAAAGCCAAACAGUUUUUCUUAGUAAAGUAUGAAGCUUCCAUCCUCAGUACUGGACACUGGAAUGUUGAACUGCGCAGAGUUGUGACAGGAAGGAAAGCUCAAGGAAUUGUCUUCAUUAGAUCUCAAUUGCACGAAACUGACGCAUCUGAACAAGGAAAGCUACAUGGAUAGAAAGUUCUCCGGCUCUACGUGUGCUUAUUAAUUUCGUGUAUCAACAUGGAUGCGUCAUCGAGAAACAGACACGCCUUCUCUUCCACAAUUCUGCUACUUUUAAUUGGAAGAGGCGCCGUGUUCUCGCUGAUGGAGGAAGAGAAACAGGCGACCAUGUUGUCAACCAAAGUGGGGGAGUACGUUGUGUUCAACUGUCCCCUGGACUUCCCACAUGACUACGUCAUACCCUACAUUCUGCGCUGGAACAAGGAGGGGGCACUUGUGUUCUCGUCUUAUGACGGUGGGCUGCAGGCAACAGAGGGGUACGCGGGUCGCAUCAGCCUAGUGUCUCCGGACACCUCCUACGGACGAGGCUCCAUCAACUUAACCAACAUCAGGGAGUCAGAUGGAGGCUGGUACGAGUGCAGCGUCUUCUUCCCCAACAGAACACCCAGCACCCGGCCCAACGGCACCUGGUUUCAUCUCUCUGUGGAAGGCGGCACUCUGCUCACCAUUCCACCCAUUAAUCAAACGACGCUGGCAGGGGAAACGGCACAGUUUACGUGUGUCUCUAAGGACAAAGACGCGGUCGUCACGUGGUACAAAGAUGGCGUACAGCUGAGCAACAUCCCGGACUUGAACAACCGCGCUUCUACUAGCAAUGGCUCGCUCAUCAUCUCACCAACAGACGUGACUGAUCCUGGAGAAUAUUCUUGCGCCGUCAAAAACUCUCGAGGGGACAAACAGACAGCGAGUGCUUAUCUGAACGUUCAGUAUAAGGCGAAGGUGGUGAAGUCGCUCUCUGAGGUGUACCUACCUUACGGACGCUCGGGAAUCCUGGACUGUCAUUUCCUGUCAAACCCACCGCUCACCAACAUCCGCUGGGAGAAAGAUGGAUUCCUCUUCGACCCCUACAACGUACCCGGGGUCUUCUACCGUAAGAACGGUUCACUUUACUUCACCAAGGUGAACGAGUCUCACAGCGGUCGCUACACAUGCACGCCAGGAAACGAACUCGGAACGGAGGGCCCCUCGCCCCCCAUCAACGUGAUCGUGCAGCGACCCCCUAUGUUCACGAUCGUGCCCCACAACCUGUACCUCAGGAAGUCGGGCGAGACUCUCGAGAUGCCUUGCGACGCCGUCGACGGGGACGACAACCACAAACCCAAAAUCGCCUGGUUGAGGAAAGAUAGUUUGGCGCUUCCACUGGACAGGAUAAAGAUGCAGAAUGGCAAUCUGACUAUUAAGAACCUGAGGGACAGCGAUCGGGGUCUGUACCAGUGCGUCGCGUCCAACGAGGCUGCCACAAUCUCGUCCGACACUGAGAUUAUGAUCGACAACGUGGCGCCACGCGCGCCCUACAACCUCUCAGCCACAAGCAACGAGAAUUCCGUCACGCUUACAUGGGUACCAGGGUUCGAGCGCCCAAAAGUGGAGUACAGCGUAUGGUACCGAGCCGCGGACACUCCCGAGUGGCGGACCACGAAGAUUACGAACCAAGGCGCGAACCAGAAGACGGUCUCGAACCUGAGCCCCGGACGUCUGUACGAGUUUAUGGUGCUGAGCCAGGACAGACAUGGCGACGGCAUGUUCAGCAAGGCCAUCCGUGUCUCUACCAAAGGAUGGAGGAGUAACAAUGUCUCCUUGCAUGAAACAACGCCGCUGGGUCAGUUCCAGCAGAUCGGCCCGCCUCGGAAUGUAUCCGUGAGUCUGACAGCAGACGGUUACUUGGUCACGUGGCAGCCCCCGGAAUUCGGUCGUGACGAACUCCGGGAAUACAGAGUCCGAUGGACCCAGGCGUCCAUGGAGUACUUCUACGGCAGCGCGGAAACCCAGGACACCAUGUUUAUAGUGCCGAGCCUGGAAGAGGACAAGACGUACUACUUCGAGGUCCUGGCGGUGUCGCAUAACGACUUCCAAGCUGCAAGCAAUAAGUACAUGUUACACGUGCCAGGCUACAGACAGAUACGCGCCAUCGCAGUGGGUGUGGCUGUAGGAAUCGCCUUCUUGCUGGUGGCGGCGGGUGGCUCUUGGUAUGUGCGUCAACUGUACAUAAAGAGACUUCAACAGGAGGCGAAAGAGGAGGCCUACUGAAUUUCAAGGUUCCAGGGUCUGUCGGUAAGGGAGAUACCUGUUGUGGGACAAGUAUCAGUCCACGUAGCAGAGUUCGUAGUUACGAAGUGUGUAUUUCGGCCUUAGGAGCUCAAACUGCGCUUGGUUUUUGGUUCAUCAGGAAUCUAGCAGUUUGUAAAUGACGUUGCUAAAUGUACAACAGUGUGACACGCCCCUAACAGGCGAAACUCAAUGUUUACAACUGUUCAGUGACACCACAGAGUACAGGUUUUCUCAGAGGCUCUGGAUCCAGUUUCUGGAUGAUGUCACGGUGCAGAUGCAGACUGUAUCAUCGAUAUCUCAACGAGACCACUUCGAAGAUGGGGGAAAGAAAGAUCUCCUAAACGUCGGCAGUACAUCCAGAGCCCCAAAACAUGAUCAACAUGAGAUGUAGGUUUCAAAAAAUUCGUAAAAUUCUUCGUUAAGGAAAUUCUAAUGCACCUUAGAGUGUAGACCCAAUGGGCGACUGUUGCAGAGCACUGCGAUUUGUCAUUCUGUUCUAUUUCAAAUUUUUCAUUUUAGUUUUAUGUAAGAAAGUUAUACCCGAAAUUUCGACUACAUGGCCCUGACAAAUAAGCUUUACUAUAUUCAGGCUUAAGAAAUGCUUGACUCAUCAGUAGCGCAUAUUGUAAAUUACUGCGUUUAUAUAUAUUUUUUUUUUUAUUUUAACGUUUGACUCUAGGCCUACUGGCAGAUAUACAAGUUCAUUCAGUUUUUCUUAGUGCAGAUAAUAUUCAAUUUAUAUUCCUAUAACAAUUUAUGUUUUUCAUAGCUUGCUAAAUUUGAGAUAUUUAAUGUUUUUAUCAUAAAUUUCGAAUAAGAGUUUUCUUAGAACAUUCCAAAAAGAAAAUACUAUUCUUGUAGAGGUGUAUAUUCUGUAUAGAACUGUUGAUAGGAUGAGGUUAGAUGAAAGAAACUGCGAACGGCUUGAUAGCUCAUUAAACUCGUCAAUGAAGAAAUUUUGAACCAAGAAAAAUUGUAAUCUCCCCACAUUUUUAUGAAGAAAAUGCUGAAAAGUGUACCGGUCCUGUUAAAAAAUAUAGAGCAUUCAGUUUUAUUCCACAGAUAACUAUAUAAAACGUAAUAUUAUAUUGUAGUAUCCUGUU